GUCGAGUCACUCAGUACAGUCAUCUCAGGUGAAUAACGAGUUUUGGAUAUCUGUAGAAUCUCUUUACGGUAUUUACUAUGGUUGCGAGGAAACUGAUCGCCGUUGCUUUGUCGCUCCUUCUUUCGCUUCACGCGAUUCAACAGGUUUCCGCGACCAUUCCUAUAGACCGUCUUUUGGGUGACUCUGGAAUAUCGGAUCUAGGGAAAAUGAUAUCAAGAAUAUUUACGCCCCUACAGUCAACAUCGGGUGGUUUGAUGGGCUCAAUAGGGAAAUCUUUCCAGCCAGGAGGUUGCGACGCUGGUGGAAUGUCUUCGUUGCUAGGACUGGGGAAUCCCAAUUCGAAAAAGGAAGAAUCCACAACAAAGAGUCAGGGUGGCGAAGAAAAAGGUAGCAUUUUCCCAGCCCUCAAAUCUGCAUUCGGGCAAUAGUAACACCUGGAUGUACAAGAAUCUUCAGUUUCGGAGUCGAUCAAGUCUUAAAAAGUAUCGUUUAUGUCUCUACGUGUAAAGCAAUUGGAGUUUUACGAGGUUAGGUUCUAUUCUUCGUCUCUUUGACACAUAUGUACUUUAGUUAUACUUUCCUUUUAUAUUAUAGUUAUAUGUACUCAUUCACGUAUCCGUAAUAAAGAAAUUAAAUAAUCGAAUUGA